CUCGCCGGAAGGAGAGACCGGCACAAUGGAGUCUGUACUCAAGAAAUAUUUCGGGUAUUCUUUAUUCCGGCCAAAUCAGAAGGAGAUAAUUGAAGAAAUCUUGCGGGGGAGAGACUCCUUAGUGGUAAUGGCCACUGGAAGCGGGAAAUCAUUGUGCUACCAGAUUCCCUCAUUGAUAUUAAGAAAAACUGCAGUUGUUGUGAGCCCUCUUCUAGCUUUAAUGCAAGACCAGGUAAUGAGUUUAAAACAACGGGGCAUCAAAGCUGAAUAUAUGGGGAGCAGCCAGACCGAUUCAUCCGUUUACGGAAAUGCUGAGAGUGGGCAGUUUGAUAUUGUGUACAUGACUCCAGAGAGGGCAUGCUCGCUUCCUUCUAGGUUUUGGUCAAACUUGUCGAAUGUGGGAAUUUGUUUGCUGGCGAUUGAUGAAGCGCAUUGCAUAUCAGAGUGGGGCCAUGAUUUCAGGAAGGAGUACAGGCAGUUGGGCAAAUUACGUGGUAUUCUCUUGGAUGUUCCUGUUGUUGCCUUAACUGCGACUGCUACGGAGAAGGUUCAACUAGACAUUAUUAAUUCUUUGGAUAUGAAAGAUCCUUUUAUUGCUAUUGGUUCAUUUGAUCGGCCAAAUCUUUUCUAUGGGGUCAAGUGUUGUGGUCGUGGUCUUCUGCUUGUGGACGAGCUUGUGGGUGAAAUCUCAAAACAUGUCGCUUCAUCUGACUCAACUAUUGUAUAUUGUACAACCGUCAAAGAUGCUGAACAGAUUUUCAUGUCACUUAACAAGGCUGGAAUCAAGGCUGGCAUUUAUCAUGGUCAAAUGGCCAAUAAAGCUCGUGAGCAGUCUCACAGAUCAUUCAUAAGAGAUGAACUGCUUGUCAUGGUUGCAACUGUUGCUUUUGGAAUGGGUGUAGAUAAGUCAAACAUAAGGUGUGUAAUACACUACGGUUGCCCAAAAAGUGUUGAGAAUUAUUACCAAGAAAGUGGGAGGUGUGGUAGAGAUGGCUUAGCUUCUAUCUGUUGGCUUUAUUACUCAAGGAGUGACUUCACAAAAGUCGACUUCUACUGUGGAGAAGCACAAACAGCAAAUCAUAAACAAGCUAUCAUGGAUUCUUUAAGAGCAGCUGAGCAUUAUUGCUCAUCGGUUACUUGUCGUAGAAAGUUUUUGCUGGACUACUUCGGGGAAAGUGUAGCAGCCAAUAAUUGUGGAAGUUGUGAUAACUGCACCAACUCAAAGAUGGAGCGUGACAUGUCUAGGGAAGCAUAUUUUCUGUUGUCUUCUGUCCGAUCUUGUGGGGGUCGUUGGGGCCUUAAUAUGCCUAUAAAUAUUCUUCGCGGAUCACGUUCCAAGAAAGUUCGGGAUUUUCAGUUUGAAAAGCUUCCACUUCAUGGGCUAGGGAAAGAUCAUUCGUCUAAUUGGUGGAAAGCACUUGCUGAUCAGUUGAUUGCUCAUGGUUAUUUGACAGAAACUUUUAGUGAUAUAUAUAAAUAUGUGAGUGUCAGCGAAAAAGGUGUGCAGUUUCUUAAAACUGCUACCCCUGAUCGGCAACAACCACUAGUUUUGGCAGUGACUUCCGAAAUGGUUGAGGGAGAGGAACAUAUGAGUGGAUCUGACAAACCUGCAUGGGACCUCCAAAAUUUGUCUGGUCCAGAAUGGAAAGGAUUUUCUGAGGCUGAGGCAAAGCUCUUCCGCAUGCUUUUAGACAUGAGAAUGAAGCUUGCUAGACGCUCCGGAACAGCUCCAUACGCUAUUUGCAGUGAUCAAACAAUUCAAAAUAUUGCAAGCACAAGGCCAUCUAGUAAAGCUAGGCUAGCAAACAUAGAUGGUGUCAACCAGCACUUUUUGACAAUUUAUGGGGAUUAUAUUCUCGAAAAUAUCCGUCAUUUGUCACAAGGGCUGGACCUCUCUUUGGAUGGGAAGGCAAGCGUACAAGCCACUAUCAGAGAAAAGGUGUAUCCUGUCCCAAACUGCCAGAGAAAAUUAACACCAGCAAAAUUUGAAGCUUGGAAAAUGUGGAAUGAAAAUGAUCUCUGUUUUCAGGAGAUAGCUAAUGCUCCUGGAAGACCGGCUCCAAUAAAAGAACAAACAAUUAUAGGUUAUCUUCUUGACGCUGCUCAGGAAGGAUUCGAAAUCAAUUGGACCAGAUUCUGUGUGGAAAUAGGGCUGACUCAAAUGCUAUACUUAGAAAUUCAGGAUGCUAUAUCAAAAGUUGGGUCAAGAGAAAAGUUGAAUCCUAUAAAAAAUGAAUUACCAGAGCAUGUAAGUUAUGUUCUCAUCAAGGCAUGUCUGACAAUACAAGAUCUUGGGAUAUCAAAAGACGUAAUUCCGUCUGACCUUCAAUCCUCAAAAUCAUGUGAAGUACACCCUAGGACAUCAGAAUCGUUGCAAAACCUCAACUGCGAAAACCAUCCAGAAGGCCCUCAUUUGUCCGAAGCAUCAAUUUACGAUAUGGGAGCUAAUUCUACCUUAAAUGGAAACGCUCUCUGCCCCCACACAGUAAGCAGCCCUAAGAUACUUGCUGGCAUAAAGCAACCACGACUCGAUGAUGUUCAAAUUCCUACGUGGAAGUUCCAGAAAACUGAUGUACCGGAAGAAGGAAGCAAAAUAGCAGUGGAAGCAACAAAAGGCAGUGUCUUGGAGUGGCUUACGAACCAUGAUGGGGUUGCUCUUUCUGAUAUUACAAAGCAUUUCAAUGAAUCCGAGGAGUCUGUGAUGGAUCUGUUGAGAUGCCUUGAGAGUGAGUUUUUAGUUUUUAAAAAGAACAAUUUGUACAGAAUUAUGUAAAUGGCCUGAGGGAGGGUGGGCUUUUUGCCCUUUUUAAAUGUCAUGUGGUUCAACA